GUCGCGCCAAACCCUCGGCUCAGUCGACCUAUGGCGUCGUUGUGGUCGUUUUGGUCGUCUUCACAAUCAGACGAAAACGGGCAAAAACCCGAUAAAAUGGCUAGCCUUUUCCUAGAUGACGGUUCAGUAUACAGGGGAAAGCUUUUUGGAGCUGCAAAAAAUGUUCCUGGUGAAGUUGUUUUCCAGACAGGUAUGGUUGGGUACCCUGAGUCGCUGACGGACCCCUCCUACCAGGCACAGCUUCUCAUCCUUACCUACCCCCUGAUAGGCAAUUAUGGUGCUCCUGAAGCAAAGCAGGACAAACAUGGUCUUGACUUGAAUUUUGAAUCGCACAAGAUAUGGGCUGCUGCCCUGAUAGUUGGGGAUUAUAUCGAGGAAUACAGUCACUGGAAUGCAAAGCGUUCACUUUCUACCUGGCUUACAGAACAGGGAAUUCCAGGAAUUAGUGGUAUUGAUACCAGAGCACUAACAAAAAAGAUCAGAGAGAAGGGAACCAUGUUGGGCAAGAUAGUGAUUGAUGGAACCGACCCAGAAACUGUGCCAUUCCAUGAUCCAAAUCUGGAAAAUUUAGUAGACAUUGUCUCCUGCAAGAUACCCACUGUUUAUAACCCCCAAGGCACACCACAUAUUAUUGCUUUGGACUGUGGCAUCAAGUAUAACCAGAUCCGUUGUCUGGUGUCCAGAGGGGCAUGUGUCAAAGUCGUACCCUGGAGCCAUGACUUCAAUCCUGAGGUCAAGAACGGAGAUUUUGAUGGAGUUUUCCUGAGCAAUGGUCCUGGUGAUCCCAGCUAUUGCAUGGCGGCAAUUGAUAACAUCAGACAGCACAUACAUGACAAGAACCCCAUCCCUCUGUUUGGCAUCUGCCUUGGGCACCAGUUGCUUUCCCUUGCUGUUGGCUGCAAGAGCUUCAAAAUGAAGUAUGGAAACCGUGGUCACAACAUUCCCUGUACUCACCAUGGAACAAACAGAUGUUUCAUCACAACACAAAACCAUGGCUUUGCUAUCGACACAACUUCCAUCCCAAAGGACUGGUCUACUCUAUUUACUAACGCUAAUGACCAAACAAACGAGGGAAUUAUCCACAACACUCUGCCAUUCUUCAGCGUUCAGUUUCAUCCUGAACAUAUGGGUGGGCCACGAGAUUUGGAAUGCCUGUUUGAUAUCUUCCUGGAGACUGUCAAGCAGUAUAAGCUAGGAAAGGUGUCUGAUAUGUCGGUGAAGGAGAGAAUCCAGCAACAGUUUAUGUUCAAGCCAGUCAACCCAGUGGAAACCAAGCCUAAGAAAGUGUUAAUACUUGGGUCUGGUGGUCUUUCCAUUGGGCAGGCUGGGGAAUUUGACUACUCAGGAUCACAGGCCAUCAAAGCCCUGAAGGAGGAAUGCAUACAGACAGUGGUUGUCAAUCCCAAUAUUGCAACCGUGCAAACUACCAAAGGACUUUCUGACAAAGUUUACUUUCUUCCUAUCACAGCAGACUAUGUUACCCAGGUUAUCCAUAGUGAAAGGCCAGAUGGUAUUCUGCUAGCAUUUGGUGGCCAAACAGCCCUUAACUGUGGCAUUGAGCUACGAGACAGGGGCGUACUUGAUGAAUAUAAUGUAAAAGUUCUUGGAACUCCUGUUGAUGCAAUCGUCUGCACUGAGGAUAGAAAGAUGUUUGCAGAGAAGCUACUGGAAAUUGAUGAGCAUGUAGCUCCCAGUGAAGCAGUGUUUUCUGUUGAUGAGGCCUUAGCUGCUGCAGGCAGGCUUGGCUACCCAGUCAUGGUUCGUGCUGCCUUUGCUCUCGGCGGGAUGGGGUCGGGGUUCGCAGACGACAAGGAGGAGCUCACCCAACUGGCCUCGAUGGCUCUAGCAAACUCCAAACAGCUCAUCAUUGACAAGUCACUCAAGGGCUGGAAGGAGAUUGAAUAUGAAGUCGUCAGGGAUGCCUACGAUAAUUGCAUCACAGUGUGUAACAUGGAGAAUGUUGACCCCCUUGGGAUACACACUGGGGAAUCAAUCGUUGUAGCCCCAAGUCAAACCCUGACAAACUCAGAGUAUAACAUGCUCCGCAGUACUGCCAUCAAGGUGAUCAAGCACCUGGGUGUGGUAGGAGAAUGUAACAUUCAGUAUGCACUCAACCCAGACUCCCAAGAGUAUUUCAUAAUUGAAGUGAAUGCUCGUCUUUCCCGGAGCUCAGCCCUUGCGUCCAAAGCCACUGGUUACCCUCUUGCCUAUGUGGCCGCCAAGCUGGCCCUGGGACGACCAUUACCAGUCCUGCGCAACUCAGUCACCAACUCCACCACGGCAUGCUUUGAGCCUAGCCUUGACUACGUAGUGGUUAAGAUUCCACGCUGGGACUUGAGCAAGUUCAGCAGAGUGAGCACUAAGAUUGGUAGCUGCAUGAAGAGUGUCGGGGAGGUGAUGGCUAUCGGGAGGAGAUUUGAGGAAGCUCUGCAGAAGGCGCUUCGCAUGGUGGACGAGAGUAACCUUGGAUUUGACUCCCACAGGAAUGCCGCCUCAGAUGAGGAGCUUAGGGAACCAUCAGACAAGCGCAUCCAUGUGGUCGCUGCCUCUCUCAAGGAAGGCUACACCAUCGACAGACUGUACGAGCUCACCAAGAUAGACCGGUGGUUUCUGCACCGUAUGAAAGCCAUUAUAGACUAUGGCACUAUGCUGAAGUCAUACAGAGCUGGAUCUGAUCCAGUGAGUCAGAGUAUGGACAGUGAACCACGCAAAGAAAAGAAACCUGAGGUGACGUACAACCACCUUCUUGAGGCCAAGAGACUUGGAUUCUCUGACAAACAGAUCGCCAAAUGUGUCCAUAGCACUGAACUUGCUGUGAGAAAGCUCCGAGAAGAGAUGAAGCUGACGCCAUUCAUCAAGCAGAUUGACACGGUGGCUGCUGAGUACCCGGCAUGUACAAACUACCUGUACCUGACUUACAACGCCCAGGAAGACGACCUGGGAUUCCCUGGAAAUGCGAUGAUGGUGCUGGGUUCUGGGGUGUACAGGAUUGGCAGCAGUGUGGAGUUCGACUGCUGUGCUGUUGGCUGCAUCAGAGAACUAAAGAAGCUUGGAAAACAGACCAUUAUGGUAAACUACAACCCAGAGACCGUCAGCACGGAUUACGAUGAGUGUGACAGACUUUACUUUGAUGAGAUUUCAUUUGAGAGUGUAAUGGAUAUCUACCAGCGCGAGAAGCCAGAGGGCAUUAUCCUCAGUAUGGGUGGGCAGCUUCCAAACAAUAUCGCCAUGCCCCUACACAGACAAGAGGCCCGCAUCUUUGGGACGUCCCCUGAAUACAUUGACAAUGCCGAGAAUCGCUUCAAGUUCUCCAGGUUGCUGGACAACAUUGGGAUUUUACAGCCUCAGUGGAAAGAGCUCACAACUGUUGAGUCUGCAAAAGAGUUCUGUCACAAAGUGAGUUACCCGUGUCUGGUGCGUCCGUCAUACGUGCUUAGUGGUGCUGCCAUGAUUGUCGCAUACUCUGACACAGACCUGGAAAACUACCUUGGCAGUGAAGUCUUCUUGUCGCGUGACCAUCCUGUGGUCAUCUCGAAGUUUAUCCAAGAAGCAAAGGAGAUUGAUGUUGAUGCAGUCGCACAGGAUGGCAAGGUGGUUGCCAUAGCAGUGUCAGAGCAUGUCGAGAAUGCGGGUGUGCAUUCGGGUGAUGCCACCAUGGUGCUACCCCCACAGGACAUCAACCAAGUCACCAUGGAGAAGAUCCGCUCCAUCUGUUAUCGUAUUGGAGCCGCACUCUCAGUUACUGGGCCUUUCAACAUGCAACUCAUUGCCAAGGAUGACCAGCUGAAGGUGAUCGAGUGCAACCUAAGGGUGUCCCGCUCCUUCCCUUUUGUCUCCAAGACCUUGGAUACGGACUUUGUAGCCAUGGCAACACGUGUCAUAUGCGGGCUAACAGUCGAGCCAGCAUUGGAUAUGGAUGGGCGUGGGAGAGUAGGCGUUAAGGUACCCCAGUUCUCGUUUUCUCGCCUGGCCGGUGCUGACGCACGUCUUGGUGUUGAGAUGGCCAGUACGGGUGAAGUGGCAUGCUUUGGCGAGAACAGAUAUGAGGCGUUCCUCAAGGGUCUACUCAGCACUGGCUUCCGAAUCCCAAAGAGAUCCAUCCUCUUGUCUAUCGGCAGCUACAAGUUCAAGAACGAGCUACUGCCUAGUGUCCAUACCCUGCGUAAUCUUGGCUACUCCUUGUACGCCAGUGUGGGCACUGCCGACUUCUACACAGAACACGGCAUCACUGUGCACGCUGUUGAUUGGCCAUUCGCAGACGCUAAUAACGGUAAUGGAAACGGCGCUACCACAGAGGGAGAGCAGAGCAUCGCAGAUUAUCUGUCCCAGAACAUGAUUGACUUGUUUAUCAACCUGCCACUGCGCAGCAACCCCGGCAAGAAGGUUUCAUCGUUCAUGACACGUGGCUACCAGACACGACGCAUGGCAAUUGACUACUCUGUCCCUCUUAUCACAGACGUCAAGUGCGCCAAGCUCUUUGUAGAGGCACUAAAACGAGUCUGUGGCGCCCCCAAGCUCAAGACCAACAUCGACAUUAUAUCGACAGCGCGUAUCGUCCGCUUACCCGGGCUCAUCGACGUCCAUGUUCACCUGCGAGAGCCUGGAGCCACCCACAAGGAGGACUUUGCUUCCGGUACAGCUGCGGCACUGGCAGGCGGCAUUACUAUGGUGUUAGCCAUGCCUAACACAAACCCCCCACUUGUAGAUGAGGAGUCCUUUAAUCUCGCUAAAAAGCUUGGCACUGCUGGAGCUCGUUGUGACUAUGCCCUGUACCUUGGAGCUGGUCCCACAAACUACACCAUGCUGAAGGAUAUUGCUCAUCGUGCAGCUGGUCUGAAGAUGUACCUCAACGAGACCUUCACCACGCUGAGACUGGAUGACCUCACUAUUUGGAUGAAGCACCUUGAGAACUGGCCGCUACACAUGCCCAUCGUGUGCCAUGCAGAGGGACGCACCACUGCCGCCAUCUUACUGCUGGCGGAGCUCGCAGACCGUCCGGUGCACAUCGCACAUGUCGCCAGGAAGGAGGAGAUCAUGGUUAUCCGUGCCGCCAAGGAGCGCGGCCUUGCGGUCACAUGUGAGGUAGCACCACACCACUUGUUCAUGACCAAGGAUGAUGCGGCCCGCAUCGGGGAGAGCUGGAUCCGAGUCAAGCCUCCGCUUGUCACAGCUGAGGAUCAGAUGGCCUUAUGGGAUAACAUGGAGUACAUCGACUGCUUUGCUACCGACCAUGCUCCUCAUACGAUAGAGGAAAAGAACUCCACCAACUCCCCCCCUGGCUUUCCUGGCCUUGAGACUAUGCUUCCCCUACUGCUAACUGCUGUCCACCAGGGCCGGCUCACAAUCGAGGACCUCGUCAAGCGUCUAUACACCAACCCUCGGCGGAUCUUUGGGCUUCCUGAGCAGAAGGACACGUACGUGGACGUGGAGAUAGGCAGCGAGUGGACCAUCCCCAAAGCCAUGGCCUACUCACGUGCUCAGUGGACUCCCUUCGCUGGCAUGAAGGUGUUUGGCUCAGUUCGGCGCGUCGUGCUCCGAGGGGAGACUGCGUGCAUUGAUGGACAGGUACUUCUAAAGCCGGGGUUUGGCGAGGACGUCCGCACCACCAGCCCCCCUACACCCAUGGUGGUGUACGGGCCACACCUUCCCCCCUCCAUGCCAGCUCCCCCAAGCCCCCGCAAGGCAGACAGGGGCUGGCCUUUCCCUCCCACCGUCCACCGCAUGACUGGACCAGAGCCUCUGCCUCCGGUUGCAGUAGACACCUCCCCACACAUGUCAGAACCAGUCUCACGCGGCCCCUCCACCCCGGUGGCUGUGCAGGCCCCAGUGCUGCGUGACGUCAUGCCCGUCAUCCCAGCACAAGUGAUCACCGGCCACAUCCUCAGCGCUGGCCAGCUCACGAAAGAGCAGCUGCACGUGAUAUUCAACGUCGCUCAUGACAUGCGUCGAGUAGUAAAGAGGGAAGGUGGCGUGGACUUUCUGAAGGGUCGUGUCAUGGCGUCUAUGUUCUACGAAGUGAGUACCCGCACCUCGUCUUCUUUUUCCGCUGCCAUGCAGAGACUGGGCGGCACUGUCGUACAGAUGAACGCGUCCGACUCGUCUGCCAAGAAAGGAGAGUCCCUCGCAGACUCGGUCCAGGUGAUGUCCUCCUACUCUGACGUGGUUGUCAUCAGACACCCAAAGAUCGGGGCAGUUCAGGAAGCUGCUGCCCAUUGCCGCAAACCGGUCAUCAACGCGGGCGAUGGUGUAGGCGAGCACCCGACCCAGGCCCUUCUGGAUGUGUUUACCAUCCGAGAGGAGAUUGGUACCGUCAAUGGAGUCACAGUGACUAUGGUGGGUGAUCUCAAGAAUGGCCGCACAGUCCACUCGCUGGCCAGGUUACUGUGCCUGUACCGCGUUACUCUGCGUUACGUCUCGCCGCCAUCACUGCGCAUGCCCGACAAGGUCAAGGAUUAUGUCAGAUCCAGGGGCAUUGUACAGGAGGAGUACACAAGUCUAGAGGAAGCGCUGCCCGACUCAGAUGUGUUGUACGUCACCAGGAUACAGCGAGAGCGGUUCAACACCCAAGAGGAAUAUGAACAGGUCUUUGGUAGUUACGUCAUCACGCCUCAGGUACUCAAUGAAGCCAAAGAGAAGAUGGUUGUGAUGCAUCCGCUACCAAGAGUGAACGAGAUCAGCGUCGAGGUGGACUCUGACCCUCGUGCCGCAUACUUCCGCCAGGCCGAGUACGGCAUGUAUGUACGCAUGGCUUUGCUUGCUUUACUCGUCGGCAAGUACAACCGAUAAUCGACAUCAACCCGAACAGUGUCGACUACACAACGAACACAUAUUUCCGCCAGGCCGAGUACGGCAUUUAUGUACGCAUUGCCCUGCUUGCUUUACUCGUCGGCAAGUACAACCGAUAAUAAUCCGACAUCAACCCGAGCGCUGACGACUAAUCGACGAAAAUUUAAAGACUAAAAACUUAAAUCUCUAGAUUUUCAGAUGCUAUUGAACGUUCUGGCUGAAUACAAAAAUUUAAUGCGCUUGGUAAGAAAAACGACGCCAGGCUGAUUUUGACAGCACGAUUUAGUUCUAUGCGAGUCGUAAAGUGUAAAUCAGCGUACGACUCCGCUACGGUGCUCGACUAAGAAAAUCGUAGUGUUUAAUUCAGGGCUAACCCAUGUCGUAGACAGAUGGCAUACGAUUAAAUCGUGUUGUCUAUAUUGGCCUUGACACUUGAUCCAGACGGAUACAGAUCGAUUGCAAUAUUUAAACUGCACUUAAAUGUCAUAAUACAACUAUGUAAACACUAUAGGCGUGGCCAUGGAUAACCUACGUAGAGCAUUCUGACCGCUAUGGUUGCACAACAGCCUAUGUUUAGUAACUGCUAUUUAUAUAAAAGAAAUUGUAUUGCAAGAGGUUUUUUGAUAUUUAACCUCCACCAAGACGCAUAUUGCCGCAUAUACAUAGUCGCAUAUUAGUGUGUGAUUCGUGAUUGACAAAUCGUUUAGAUGACCGACAAAUAAUUCACUAAUUUACGCAAAUAUCGCCUUUACUUGUGUACUACUAAAAUCAUCAAAUAAAAAAACAUUUUUCAGCA